AUGGCCGACAAUUUCGAGAGGCACAGGUCUACCCGCUGGGUCAAGGCAGACGUUCCCUCGUACGGUGACCAAUGGGGCGACGACUACGACAACUACGAUGUCUACGACCAAGAGGUGGCCGAGGAGCCUCCACUGAGAAUGACCUCUGAACGAAGAGCGUCAGGACCAUCCAACUUGGUGCUUUCAAUCGACAACAGAAACUUUGAUGAUGACGAAGACUCGGAAAGAGCGUUCAGUCAGCCUCCGCUGGCGAUCUCUCAAGGCGGGUCUUUCAGUCAAGAUCUGAAAGACGAAAGAAAGGACGAAAGAGUGGAGGAUAACUCGAGUGACGAGGAAGUAUCGUAUGUUCCUGAAAGUCCCGACAGAGAACCUCAAGAUCAGCAGCAGGCGCCUUCCAGAGUUGUUGCUCAGCAGGCAGUUCACCCUGCGCCAGCUAGGGACGAAUUCAUCCCGCCUACCCCAACAUUUUCCCAGUCGAAUUUUUCUCAUCACACGCCAGAAACUCCGUUGUCGGAACACAGCUAUCUUUCCGAUGCUGACUCGAUCCAAAGGGAACCUGAAACACUUAAUGUGGCAAGCCGUCAUGAAGACAGCUUGAAGGAGAUCGAGGAGGACCCUAACCUUGAAGGCACUGAGGCGCAAAAACAGGAGGCUUCGCCAGCUUUGGUGCUUUCGGUGGACAACAUGAACCUCAACAACGAUGACUCCUCUGACGAUUCAGAUUCGCUCCAUUUCGGUGAGCUGGCGAGGGAGACGUCUAGCACGCUCCAAGUAGACAAUCAGCAGGAGGACGAUGAGAAGCCUCAUUCUCCAUUACAUGUCAAUCCGUCGGCAGAAUUACCUACGGGAAGAAAGCACAUCAAGACCGAUGCUUUGGACUCCCUUAUCAACGACCUUCUGCAAAUGGAACGACUGAAUACUUACGCUACCAGUACAUCGUCAUUGCAGAGGGAUAGAGUGGAAAAGGAAGUUCCUCCACUUCCAUCGACCGAGAAUGAUGGCGAGGACGAAGAGAGAGAGGCGAAUUUACCGUCUCUCACAUCAAUCCACGACAUGUCUCUUCCGAACUUCGAGGACCAGUCGUUUUCAGCAUCGGCACCUGAUACCUCUAACAUGCUUGCAGAGGUCAGCCCUGAAAAGCAAGAAGAAGUACAAAAAGCACAUGAACUGUAUGUCUCUCAACUACAGGGUCACACUCGAUCAGUGAAGAAGGCACCUCCUCAUUCACCCAACAUAAUUGUACAAUCUGACAAAAGUGAAGCAGCUGAUGAAAACCCGGUUGAUACUCCUUCGACGCCCAAGCAGACAAGCAGGACCUUGUACGAUCCUAAUAAUCCUUUGCAAAUAGGCGUUGCUCCUGUGCUUUCGCCGGAGUCUAUUUCUACGAAGCAUCUUUCCACAGACUUCUCACACUUACAAAUGCAGCCACCACAAUUACCAAAAAUUCCAGGUGGUGAUGUUCUGCGCAGAGAUUCGACCAUGACUACGUCAACGUUCAAUAUGGGUAACUGGAAACCGAACACCAGCAUGUACAGAGACCAAUUUGUGAAUGAUAAUGACAAUGAGUCGCAAAUGAACGUCAGUGCCUACAACGGAAAAGAAAACUACGAAAGAUUUGUUGGUGCACGUUCCUCCCUGGGUUACGCAGAGUCUUUCACCAAUUCAAGUACUUUGUCAGUGCCAGAAACGGUGGCACUACCCAGCAUUCAUGAGGAUACGUCAGACGCUGAGGUCAUGAGAGACGAAGAUGAAACCUCUGAUGAUCGUAGUAUGCAUAGCCUAGAGCACACUAAAUCCGAGGGAGACAUUUCGUUACCUUCGGUAAUGAAGGACAGAAGCUCCAAUGGAUCAGUGUUCAAGGAGGAAAAGUUGACUUUACCAGGUUCUGUUGAGCAGUUCCCUGAAGACUCAACUAAUAAGGAAAAAUACAAAUCACUUGGCUCACUCGAGUCCAAGAGUGAAAGUGAAUUGUCACAGGGUCCUGAAAGGGCGAAGUCGAAGCGGAUGGCAAGCUCUUCGUCUUUUGGUGUCAGCAAACCAGCCAAUCAAAAGUAUCCUGUCUUCAAAUGGAAGGACCUCACAAGUCCUUCUCAACCAAUCGACAGAAUCGAGGCUUUUAAGAGGGCAAAACAACUAGAAUUUGAGUAUGAUACUGGUUUAAGGUAUUGGCUUCUGGAAACGUUGCAGAAGGCGGAGGUCUCAUCAAACAUUCACAUUGGUAAGCUUGCUGAAGAGGCUUACCAGAAUGCUACGCAUACAGACAUAAGAAGACAUACAUCCAUGGCCCUCAGCACCACGAGAAUACGAGACAAGGUGUCCAUGGUUAAGGAUAAGAUGGACUCCACUGCAGGAUUUGGACGCCGUUUCCUAAACAAAGGAAAGAAGCUCAUGAAGUCUUAG